AUGGGAUUACUCACUAUAUACUGUGGGAUUGCUGCUGCUCUUUCAGGUUUAGUCUCAGGAUCUGGUGUGUUGCCGUAUGACUCUGUGGAUAAAGCUGUGGGAGCAACAGUCAUGUUCAGCACUUCUUCAGAGUAUGAGGACAGGAUCACUCUGUUCAUCUACACUGGAUCUCUGGAGCUCAGGAACCUGUCUCUCAGCGACACUGGAGAAUACAGAGUUAGCAUUUUAAAAGUGGGCAGUAGUCCCAUGGUUGGGACUACCCAACUGUCUGUUUAUGAGCCAGUGUCUAAUGUGAGAGUCACUGUCAGCAGCUCAGACUUAGUGGAGUUCAACAGUUCUGUGACUCUGUCCUGCUCGGCUGAUGGGAGCCCGACCACUUUCCGCUGGUUAAAUGGAAGUUCUGUCGUCACAUCCAGUGACAGAGUGGAGCUGAGUGACAGAGAUGCAGUUCUAACCAUAAAGGAGGUGCUCAAAUACGACCAGGGACCAUUCAAAUGUUCAGCAUCUAACCCUGUGAGCAGCGAUACCUUUACUGCACCUAAACUCUCCAUCAGCUAUGGUCCUGAUGCUGCCACUGUGGAGAUCUUUCCCCUUCUCGAUCACUAUGAAGAAGGCUCAGACGUGUCUCUGUCCUGCUCAGCUGACUCCAGACCUGUGGCUCAGUUCAAAUGGUAUUUUAAUGGAGAGAUGUUGUCUUCUUCUGAGGCACAGUUACCACUGAUGAACAUCCAGAUGAGUCAGAGCGGAAACUACAGCUGCCAGGCUUUCAACAGCAAAACUCUCAGAUACUCAACUUCUGAGCCUGCUCUUGUCUCUGUGUUAAGACGAAUAGCAAAUAUGAAUGUGAAAUUGUCCACGGAGCCGAUUGAGGGGAGCUCAGUAAACUUCACCUGUGAUGCCUCUGGCUCCAUCUUCAGCAGGAAGUGGUUGAUAAAUGAACAGGAAGUAAAGCCUUCGCAAAACAUUGAGUUUUAUGAAGAAAAGCGAGUGUUAUAUUUCAAACCCCUGAACAGAAAAGACAGUGGGAGAUACACCUGUGAAAUCAGCAACCCCAUCAGCAUAGAGAAAGCCAACUACACUCUGGAGGUGUUAUAUGGACCAGAUGAUGUUAAAAUCUCAGGUCCAAACAAGAUUCACGUGGACAAAACAUUAGAUUUGAGCUGCUCUAGUGUCUCUGUGCCAAGUGCAAACUACACCUGGAUGAAGAAUGGGACACUUCUCACUUCUGGAUCUAAGUAUACUAAAAUAAAUUCAGUCACAUCAGACAGUGGAGAGUACAUCUGUCGAGCGACAAAUGAAAUCACAAAUAGAACAUUGGAAGCGUCUCUCAGAGUGGAGGUGACAGAACCAGUUGAUCCCUGUCCACUUCCCUGCAUACUUGGAAUAGUCUUCGGGUUAAUUGGUCUCGCUUCACUAGUGGCUUUAGCGUACUUUGGAGUGAACAGUUAUAAAAAACUUGAGAAAGAUUCAACCCCUCCAAGAGAAAUUGGAGAAGAUGGAGGGCACGACAACUCUGCAUGUACACAAAAACCACCGGAGGUGACAUAUGUCGACGUCUUGUUCACAAAGAAAGACGGUGGAGUGGUGCAUAUGAGUUCACAGAAUGAGACAGAAUAUUCUGAGGUCAAGAAAAAACCUACUCAACCAGGGCCCAGUCUGCCCACGUACGAGGCCCACGUGAAGAGGACCAAACGACCCCCUCCACCGCCCCCCACCGGCUCAUAG